AUGCCUGAAGAGAAGAAAGUUCGGUUCCUCAUGCGUGCAAGAGCUCUUCGCCAGAAUCGCGAGGACUUCGCGAGGAUUCGCGUCGUUCGCGAGGACCUGCAGAAGCUCUUCCCAAGGGCGCAGCCUCAAGUGGCCUCAAUCACCGACAUCAUCGAAGAAGAGAGUGACCAUAAGCCCCUUGUUUACAUCAAGUCGGCCAAGCACAUCAACAGCCGUGUUUUACGUUGGAGCCUCAUACUUAUGGAGUAUGACUUCUCGGUUGAGUAUAUUAAAGGCAGCGAGAAUGUGGGCGCAGACUAUAUGAGCCGGUUGCCAAGCACAUAA